GAAAGCUGUGUUGAUCCAUUAGAGAUAUAUGAUCCCAUGGUGGUUUUCUUACAACGGUUUGAUUUUCAGUACGAGGUUUAUGCUUAAAUUGAGAUCAUGGAUUUUUUGGCACGAAUGUGUAUUACGCUGGCUUACAAUCAGGCAAAAGGAAGGAAAAUCAAUGGAACUUGGAUGACAAAAAAACGGGAAUAAUGAGUUAACCUCAUCGAUUCGCAUACUGAAGAUACGAGACAAUAACUUUGAAAAUUGAUAGCCAGCUAGGAGAAAUAUUCUCCGCUUGUUGAGCCUUUGAUUAUGAUCUUGAAAGACGUAGACGUUAACUUGUUCGUAAACAGCAUUUGCUUUUCCCAAUGAGUUCAGAAUAAGAGGCGUUCCAACAUAGUCUAUAUUUAAUAAUCCAAAACCGGUUGAACUGUUUUAACAUUUUAAUAGACUUGGCUCACUUCAAAGUGCACUCGAAUGUGUGAUUUUACCCGCCUAAUUAAAAAUAUCCAUACAUUGUAUGAAGCGAGCGGGAUUUGAUGUAAGAAAAAAAUUGAUAGUUUGCUAAAGUUUGUUCAACAUUGAUCAGUGUGUUAACUCAAAAUGUCGACAACAGAAGGAGCUGAUGUUGAUAGGUACCUUAAAGAAAGUAUAAAGAGUUAUAAAGAAUGCUCUGUCAAAAACACCGCCAGACGAAAUUCGCUACAGAAGAAAACUUUGGGCAUUGAAUCUGAGCGGCGAUUGGCUAGCAGUAAAAUGACGCGAGAGGAACGCUUACUGAAGGAACAGUUGCGACAUAUGAAUAUUGAGAAGGCUAAGAACCACCUUGUUCACAAUCUAAGAGACGCCCAUGAGCAUGAUCAUCACAGGAAGACUGGUCGAGAGGAGAAGAAACAUCAUGCACUUCCGAUCCCCGUGGAGCCUUAUCCGAUAACAUUCCGUGAGACUCCCAGUACACCAGAUUUAGAUAGACAACACGAAGAUUCCGGUCAAGGAUAUUCAGCCAUGGGUCAACGUCGGCGCCGGCAGUCCCGCGAAUUCGAGGACCUUAGCUUGAACACGCGUCCACAGGGUCCGCUGUUUAAUAUCCAAGAAUUUACCGACGAGGAAAGUCCACGUCGACGCACAAAUUCGAUGUCAGCUGCCCACCAGAUAAUGGCGCGAAAACAUCUGAUUUCGUCUCGUCAUUCCAGCCGAUCAAGCACGCCUGCCGGUUCCCCUAAGUUACAACGGACGCGAAAAACUUCAACCGGCAGUAAAAAUUGCAGUAACUCCUCCGGCUCAUCAAAGGAGAGCCUCCAUGACAGUAAGGAAAGAAUUCACUCCCUCAAUGACCUGCGUUGGAUCGGUGAACCGGAAGCGAUUCAUUCCAUCCGAAGACCUCGCCUAACGGUAGAUCAGCAGGAAUUAGAAUUAGAGAUUCACAAACUAAGCGUCUCAUAGGGAAUGCAAUAUUUAUAUUUACUUCGUUUUGAUGAUUUCCUAUAAUAACAUGAUAUGAAUCAAAACUAUUUCAAAUUAAUUUUAAAAUAUAUAAAUGUAGGCAAUGUUUAGGCUAGUGAGAACGAUUUUGGAAAUUAUUUCACCAAUUAUGUUAAAUAUUCGAUAACUUAGCAGGUAAUCAGUGUCUUUAUAAUAUUACUAUCGCUUUCCGGCCAAUAAUUGUUACUAUAGAGCUUGCACUGUUAUACAAUCCAAGUCGAAUUACAGCGGAAACCGUAAUUUGUGAAUGUGUUUUCUGUAGUGAUACCUAACUAGUCGCCAGAAUAAAUUUUAAAUCAGAGCAUGAUAUCAUGAAAUCAAUCUUCCCCACCUCUGUUUAGACUCUAGUUGUUGUCAUUUUCUGGCAUAAGUAUGUAUACUUAGUACUGGUCGACCAGCUUACCAAGUAGGAAUUGGUUAACUUACCGCCAUCAUGUGACUGAUAUAAUGUUGAAAACCGGUGAAAAUACCAAUUGUUGUAAUCAUUUGACUUUGACACGCUUUUUGGUUAUAAACCAAUUGAUAUCGAUUGAUUUUU